GGGCCCACAAAAUUUGCCCUCUUUCCUUGGUGUAUCAUGGUAUCUACUCAUUCCAUAAUGGCGACGGCGCUGGCCUGCUUAGCGUUCUCUGUCGCACCGGUGACUGCCACAUCGUACUCUAUGGUCACAGAGUACUAUGGUUCUAGCUUCUUUGACGCGUGGACUUUCUAUAAUUAUUACGAUAAUUUAACGAACGGAGAUGUGAAUUAUGUUUCGGCUCAGGACGCAUCUGCAUAUCAAUUGGCGUACGUAGAUACCACAACGAACCAUGCCAUCAUCAAAGUAGACAACACUUCCACUGUGGUUUAUAACAACAAACGCAACUCCGUCAGGAUUACAAGCAACGACUCCUUCGAAGUGGGAAGCUUGUGGGUAGCUGAUAUGUAUCAUGUGCCUUAUGGCUGCUCCGUGUGGCCGGCGUGGUGGAGUCAAGCAGCUAUCUGGCCGCAGGGUGGCGAGAUCGAUACAUUUGAGGGCAUCAAUACCAAUACCCAAAACCAGAUGUCCUUGCACACGGAAACUGGGUGCACGGCCAUUGGCCAAAAUCAAACUUCAACUCUGGUUGCUAGCACAAAUUGUUCGUAUGCCGCGAACGAGGACCAAGGCUGUAUUGUUACAGACCCAUCGACUAAUUCCUACGGUGCCGGUUUUGCGAGUAGUGGUGGAGGAGCUUUUGUGACCGAAAUGGCUUCUACUGCAUUUGGUUCUUCCAAAGGUCCGAAAUACCUAGCUCGCUGUCGAAUAACGAAAGCACGAUUGAUACCUCGACCUUUGGUAUUCCUGUUGCCAACUACCCCUCUACGGGUUGCAACAUUGCGGAAGUACUUCCAGGCCCAGAACUUGAUUUUCGAUAUCACCCUCUGCGGAGAUUGGGCCGAUGGUGUUACAUGGAACAGCACAUGCUCAGGGGUUUGUUACAACAACUGGGUCAUGGGCAAUGGUUCCGACUACAAUGAUGCCUAUUUCGAAGUCAGUUAUGUGAGGGUUUUCAGCACGGAAGGUACCAACACUGUCGUAUCUCCCACCACUACCGGGUCUGCCACUGCCGGUGCUUCUGGUUCAUCCUCAACAUCAGGCUCAUCCACAUCAAGUAGCUCGUCUAUGGGCCUCCUGCAUGGUGGUUUUGGGAUGACUGCGACAGUGCUCGUUGUCAUUGGACUUGUCAGCAGCGCCUUCUUUACACUUGCUUGAAGGGACUAUGAUGGUACUAAGAUCAUCUCUGACGUUGCUCGGCGAUAAAAUCGUCAUGUCCUGGCGGCUUUUAGGGAUGAGGUACCCUCAGGACUUGUGUAUAUAUAUAUAGUAUAUUGACUUUGUUGACAUGAUAUGAUUAAUGGUAGAUCCGGACUUUGGAAAGCGC